AUGAGUGUCGUCAAUAAUUCCAGAUCACUAUUAAAAUCUAUAGAUGCUUUAAACUGUGAAACCAGUAAAUCAUCCAUCAUAAUUAAGAAUAUAACUCUUAAUACAAAUAACACUGAAAAUGUAAACAAAAUAUAUGAAACUGCAGUAGAUCAACCAACUGAUGCAAAAGACUAUUAUAGUUUUUCUUCAGAUACAAAUGAAAUGUAUUAUUCAGAUUCUGAAGGAUCAAAGUUGUUAAUUUUACCUCAACAUGAUACAUUUGUACAUAAUAUGCCGUCUGUCUUACAUCUGCCUUCUAGUUCUGAUUCUGAUAUUGAUUAUUGUAAAGUGAUGAGUAACAAACCUUUGGCAACCAGUAGUCCUUUAAGUAAACUUCAAAGUAGCAUUAAAAAUAAAUAUUACAGGAAAAAAACUUCUAAAAGAGUAUCAAUUAAUCUCAAAAAUUCUAAUGAUGACAUUAAAUCAAAAUCAAAAUCAAGCCAGGCUAAAAAAUGUCAUAAAAAUUCUGGUAAGACUAUUUCUUCACACAAAGCAUGUCUUAGUGAAAUUCCUAAUUUAUCAAAUAAAACUGCCUCACCAAAAUAUAACAAUCUGCAGUUAAUAGAAAAUCAAGAAAAAACUGACAAACAUACAAAAGAUUCAACUUUUAAUUGUAUAAAACAAGUUUCUCAGAAAAGUUUAAAUGAUGUGACAAACAUAUUAUACACAAAUCAAUCCCAAAUAACUUUACAGAAGUCUAGUUUCACAACAAACACGACAUUGAAUAGAAAAAGUGAAAACAGUGCAUUUCAAUUAAAUUUGCUAUUUGAUAAAACAGAAAAUUUAAAUCCAAACAAAUCAAAUAAGAUAGAUCUUGUGAACACACCAUGUCUUACUGAAAUUCCUAAUUUAUCAAAUAAAACUGCCUCACCAAACUAUAACAAUCUGCAGUUAAUAGAAAAUCAAGAAAAAACUGACAAACAUACAAAACAUUCAACUUUUAAUAAUAUAAAACAAGUUUCUCAGACACGUUUGAAUGAUGUGACAAAAAUAUUAUACACAAAUCAAUCCCAAAUUACUUUACAGAAGUCUAGCUUCACAACAAACACGACGUUGAAUAAAAAAAGUGAAAACAAUGCAUUUCAAUUAAAUUUGCUAUUUGAUAAAACAGAAAAUUCAAAUCCAAACAAAUCAAAUAAAAUAGGUUUAGUGUAUAAUUCAUUGAAAAGUGAAAAAAGUUCAACAAAAAAUCAAAUUGAAGAAAAUCAAACACUUAAUACAAAAAUUAUAUAUAAUAACUCACAGAUCAUUUACAAUAUUAAUAAAAAUACAACAUUUGAUGAAAACCAUCUGAAUAACACUGAUUUAUCAGACAUUUUUCAAAUGGAAUUGAGCUUAAAAAUGUUUUCUGGAAAUAUUGUACCAUACAUGAAUAGUAUGAAGCAUGAGAUAUUACAAAUAAUGAAUAAAUGCAUGUAUAAACAUGAUGAACAAAUAACUAAAAGAUCAAAACAUGUUAAUGAUAUUAUAAAAAAUAUUCAUAAUAUUAUGAAAGCAAAUGUAUACAAUUGUAUUGACUCUUCAUCAAAUAAAAAAGAUUAUUCAACUAUACCGUUCGUAGGUGUUGAUUUGAAUAAUUUAAAUGUGUUAAACAAUAAGUUGGAAUGUGUAAAAAAAAAACUGGAACAAGUUAAAUUAUGUGAAAAUAUAUUGAAUGAUGGAGAAGAUAAAUCUGUUGAUCAAAAUGUACAAAAUGAUUUUUUGGAAUUUAACUCUCUUGAUGAUUUAAAAUCUUUUAAACCUGCAACCGAUAAUACCAAUGCUGUAAUUUCAUCAACUAAAACUGCAGAACUUGAUUCAUUUAGUUGUAUGAGAGAAUUAAAUAAAUCAAAUUCUUUACUACACCCUAUUAGUGAUUGCAUGGAUAUUAAUGAACCAUCUCAGAAACCGAUUUUAGAAAACUGUAGUUUAACAUGUAUAAAUGAUUUGCCAACAAAUGAAAUUUCAAAAACCAUGGCACAAGAUUUAAGUUUUUUAUCUUAUAAUGAACCCCUUCUUGAUAAAUUGGCACCUAUAAAUGAUAAUCUUGCAAAUCAAUUUGAAGAUGUUAUCUGUAAUGAUAAUCAGAUGGGAAAAAAUCGAAGUCGUUACUGGUUAAGAAAAAAUCCAAAAUCAACUGAUCAUUAUUUUUCACCUUAUUUGAAAACUUUCAAAACUCCAAAACAAUCAUGUAUUAAAUCAAAAUACAAUGAUAUGUUUAUUUGUACAGGCACUGGUAAUAAAAAAGUCAUUCAUCAGUAUAAACUUAAAUCCGUGUUAAAAGCUAAUUCAGAUGAAUUAAUAAAAAUAAUUUCUCCAGAAAUUAAGAAUAAAAAGUUUAAUAAUGACAAUCAAAAUACUACUGUUUUUGAUAUUGAAAAACUGAAACCAAAAAAAAUUGAAAAGCCUUGUCGUUGUGGAAUAUUUCCGUCUCAAGUUCCUUCUUCCUGGAAUGAUUCAUUGCAUACAUCUUUACAUAAAAAUUUACAUAAACUCCAGUUCAAGAGCCAACUUCCUGUAAACAUAGCAAGUAAAAUUAAUGUCAAUGGAUUUAUUUUCAACAUAAUAAAGGUUACAGACAGUUGUGAUGAUUUAAACCUUAGACUUACAUUGAAGAAUAUACAAGAUUUUAUACAUUUAGAAAUUGAUUUUUCUAAAAAAAGUAUUAAUAAUAAUUUAAACCAUACAAUAUUUUUAGCAGUAGAUCCUAAAUUCAAAAUCAUUGGAUAUUUAGAAAUAGAGCCGUUAACAAAUGCAUGUAUUUAUCAAAAUAGUCAGCUUUCAAAAAACUUGGUUGCAGUAAAAUUUGGCAUAUCAAAAUUAUGGGUGAUGGUUAAGUAUAGGAAUAAUGGAGUAGCAACAAAAUUGUUAAAGCAAUUUUGUAAUGAAGAAAAUUUACAAACAAAUGAUAUUGCUUUUGCAUUUCAUGGAAAUCACGGAAUUUCCUUUAUUAAAAAGCACUUUGCAAAUAAUUCUGUUUUAUUAUAUUAA